UUCGCGUUAAUAAGGCCAAAAAUGUUCGUGAAAAGAGAUUGAUUUCGACGCUUUCGGCUUCCUAUUCCCUCCAAAUCAAGCCACUAUAAAUCUGAAAACCCACCAUUCCCCUCAAAUUUCUUGUUCUUAAUUUCAAAUCCCAUUGGUUCCAUCGAUUCUUCAAUUUCCCCCAAAAUGGGUUUCCUCCAUCUCUAGAAUUUGAUCUUUCUAAUCAAACCUUGUAAAUGGCGAGGGAUAAACCCGCCGCCAACAUCGAAAUCAAGGUCCAUUCCCGUCAUGGAGAUCCGGCGGUAGAACCUUCUGCGGCGGCCGCCAGAUCACGACCGUCGAGGACUCCCUCGACCGGAUUCGGCCAGUUCCGGCCGUUUAAGAAGUGGAUUCCAUGGCUGGUGCCGGUGUUUGUCGUUGUCAAUUCCGUUCUGUUUUCGAUUACUAUGUACGUUAACGAUUGCCCUAAAAACUCUGCCUCUUGCAUUGGUACGUUUCUGGGCAGGUUCUCGUUUCAGCCCUUUAAAGAGAAUCCCCUUCUUGGCCCUUCUCCUUCAACAUUAGAAAAGAUGGGUGCUCUGGAAGUUGAUAAAGUGGUUUAUGGGCACCAGCCAUGGAGAUUGAUCUCUUGUUUAUGGCUACAUGCAGGGGUGUUCCAUAUACUUGCUAACAUGCUGAGUCUUCUUUGCAUUGGAAUUCGGCUCGAGCAAGAAUUCGGUUUCGUUCGAAUUGGGAUGCUGUAUAUUGCAUCCGGGUUUGGUGGCAGUUUGCUGUCGGCUCUGUUUAUUCAGUCGGGUAUCUCCGUAGGUGCUUCAGGCGCUCUUUUUGGUCUCCUAGGAGGCAUGUUGUCGGAGCUUCUUACGAAUUGGACGAUAUAUGAAAAUAAGCUUGCAGCCUUGUUGACUCUCGUUUUCAUCAUCGUAAUCAAUUUGGCCAUGGGCGUGCUUCCUCAUGUCGAUAAUUUUGCUCAUAUUGGAGGAUUUAUCUCAGGUUUUUUUCUUGGGUUCGUGUUUUUGGUUCGUCCUCAGUUUGGAUGGGUUAGCCAACGAAAUGAACCUCGUCGACAUAGCUCAACUUCGAAAGCUAAAUAUAAGCCAUAUCAGUAUGUGCUAUGGAUUGCAUCUUUCUUGUUACUGAUUGCUGGGUUCGCGGUUGGUUUGGUCUUUCUCUUUAGAGGGGAAAAUUUGAAUGAUCGGUGUUCGUGGUGCCAUUAUUUGAGCUGCAUUCCGACGUCGAAAUGGAGCUGCAACUCGCAGAAAUUCUCUUGUGAGACGAGUCAGUUGGGGAAUCAGCUGAACAUGACGUGCCUAAGCAACGGACGAAGUGGCUCGUAUUCGUUAGCCAACAGUACAUCGUCUGAGGCACAGCAGAUAUGUACUCAGCUCUGCAGUUGACUUAGGUAAGAUAUAAAGCUUUAUACAGAGAAAAAUGUGUGGAGACUUGAUAGAGCUCUUCCUAUCGUAGUUUUAUGACCAAAGUGUAUAUGACACAUUUAAUCCUGUCUUCAUUCAAACAACUAGUCUUUUAUUGUUUAUAUUAAGUCGAGUAUGAACGUGUUUUUUACUCCAUUUGAUAACCAUUUGAUUUUUAGUUGUUUUA